AAAAACCCCCCCCCCCCUCCCCCUCUCUCUCCUCUUCGCACACGCUCGAACAUACAAAGUGCGCCACUACACCAGCUAUAGCGAGACGCAUCUGCACCUUCAUCUUCGAUUGCGCAUUCGCUCCGUAACCCGAGCCACAUGGCCGAAACAGAAGACGCCAUUGCGAACAAGAGAAAAGCGUCGCCUGCGCCGGUAGAGGAUGCGGCUGACAUUAAGCGCGCCAAGUUUGAGGGCGGCGACGGGGAUUCUCCUCUCGGGAACGGCAACGACCAAGAGCUGAACAAGCCGAGCAACGGCACUACAUCAGUUGAGGAUGAGAAGCGAGAACAUAGGGAGAGGUCACCUGCAAGAUCGCAUGACCAAAAACAUCAACGAGACUCCCGGGAAUCGCCAGAGGCGCGGCGGCCGUCUCUCUCGGGGGGUCUUUCCAGCCGCAAGAGUAUUAGCCAGGAGGAGAAGAAGCGUGGGCAACGUUUGUUUGGUGGCUUGCUCACGGCGCUCAGUCGACCCACGUCAGCCUCCCAGCAACAAAAGAGGCUGGAGAUAGAGCGGCGACAGCAGGAAAAGGCUCAACAGCGGCGGGCCGAGGAUGACAAGCGCAGAGUCGAGAAGCUAGAGAAACUUAGAAGAGUGCGCCAGAUUGAGCAGCUCAAACUCGAGGAACAGGCGAUGCGAUCGCGACAUUCGAGUAUGCUGGCAAGGGCACAAAGUCUGCAGACGAAAAGCGAGCCUAGACUUUACUACCUGCCAUGGGAGCUCACCAAAGACCAAGAGGAGAUCAUCAGAGACCAAAUUCAAGCCGCGGAGCAGACCAUACAAAAGGAGAACCGCGAGUUCAAGAUGCGCAAGACGCAGCGACUCAGAGAACUGGGUGUUGCUACCCCGCCACGGUCCCCGUCUCCUCCGCCGCGAGAGCCGGAACAAGAGCAAGAACAAGAAGCGCAAUCAGGAAAAGCCCCGGUUGGUGAACCCAAACAUGUACCGCAAGAUACUAACCCCGAUGCCGCGGCACGGCCGUCAUCCAAGGCACGGAACUUACAUGACAAGGAGCACGAUGAGAACGGGGACGAGAUGAUGCAGGAUGAGGAGGAUACGGUAAUCUACUAACUUGCUUCGUCGGGGUCGGCAUGUCCUUUUAAGCCGGUGGCUUAGGUUGUAAGUAUUGAAGUUUGGGCCUCCUUCGGUGCUGUAUUCUUAAGUGUAUUUUAGCGGCCCAUCACCGUUCGGGGCGUUUCCGGAGCGAAUGUACUUGCGGUGAGAGCCACCCCUGACUCCAGGUAAGCCGAGCUGGGUGGGACAUUGGCUUACCGUUUUCACUUUCAUGAACGGAGGCUCGAGAGGGCGGAACUCCGCUGGAUAUCUGAGGCGAGUGCUGCUAAGAUUGGCAGACGUGAACUAAUCAGGGGAGACGGAGAGCUCGGGAGGAGUGUAGAAUAACAUAGCUACCGUACUCACUUCGAGACAUUCUCGGCGGGAUGCUGAAAAGGAGGCAUACGUGUUGUAUGCGUAGCGUGCUAACUCGGAAAUGCCGGCUUGUCGGCUGAGCAGCGCACCGAACGUA